GCAUGACGUAACCAACCCAAACCAACACCUACCUGAUCAACCUCUUAAUUCCGCAUCAAGUCACAUGUCAUUUUCUGUUUCCGCUUAGAUUUCCCGGGAAAAAGGAAAAUAAAUAAAAAAGGUAAAAAAUAACAAAAAAAUCAAUAAAAAGACAGAAGAGAGGUUUAUGUUUCAACAACACUUCAGUUAAAUCUGAAGAAGAAAGAAACAAAGUCAAAACUCUCAAAUGGAAGAUCCUACCGCAAGCAAUGUGACUCCUCCGUCGAUGAACACUCCGACCGUAACACUCGAGUCACGAAUCAACCAUCUGAUCAAUGCCAAGAAUUCUCCAUCACCAUCACGGUCCAUAUACUCUGACAGAUUCAUACCAAGUAGAUCCGGAUCCAAUUAUGCUCUCUUCGAUCUCGCUAAAGACGCGAAAGAAGAUGGAGCUGCUGCUUCUUCUGGCUCUUACGCGACUCUGUUGCGCGCCGCGAUGUUCGGUCCCGAGACGCCGGAGAAACGGGACAUCACUGGAUUCUCUACUUCGAGGAAUAUUUUUCGGUUUAAGACGGAGACUAAUCGGUGUUUGGAUUCGUUUUCGCCGUUUGUGUCUGAUGAAAAUGGUCCUGGUGUUAGUCACAGUCCGAUCAAGGCGUUGAGGAAAGUGUCGCGAUCGCCGUAUAAGGUACUAGAUGCACCGGCUUUGCAAGAUGAUUUCUAUUUAAAUCUUGUGGACUGGUCAGCGCAGAAUGUCCUUGCGGUGGGACUAGGGAACUGCGUCUAUUUGUGGAACGCUUGUAGUAGCAAAGUAACUAAAUUAUGUGAUCUUGGAGCUGAUGAUAGUGUUUGCUCUGUGGGUUGGGCCUUUCGUGGAACUCAUCUGGCUAUUGGAACUAGUACCGGGAAAGUACAGAUAUGGGAUGCGUCACGGUGCAAGAGAACAAGAACAAUGGAAGGACAUCGUCUAAGAGUUGGAGCCAUGGCAUGGAGCUCAUCUAUUCUUUCAUCUGGUAGCAGAGACAAGAGUAUUCUUCAGAGAGACAUACGUUGUCAAGAAGACCAUGUCAGUAAACUCACAGGUCAUAAAUCCGAGGUAUGCGGACUCAAGUGGUCUUAUGACAACAGAGAGUUAGCAUCUGGUGGAAACGACAAUCGACUUUUUGUAUGGAACCAACAUUCAACACAACCAGUAUUAAAAUAUAGUGAGCACACAGCAGCGGUUAAAGCCAUAGCUUGGUCUCCUCAUGUUCACGGGCUUCUUGCUUCUGGUGGUGGCACUGCUGAUAGAUGCAUACGUUUUUGGAAUACUACCACAAAUACUCCUCUAAGUUCCAUAGAUACUUCCAGUCAGGUAUGCAAUCUAGCUUGGUCAAAAAAUGUAAACGAGCUGGUUAGCACGCACGGAUACUCCCAAAACCAAAUCAUAGUCUGGAAAUAUCCAACCAUGUCCAAAAUUGCAACUCUAACCGGUCACACAUACCGUGUUCUGUACCUUGCGGUCUCACCUGAUGGACAGACAAUUGUAACCGGAGCAGGAGAUGAAACUUUAAGGUUCUGGAAUGUAUUCCCAUCACCAAAAUCUCAGAACACGGAUAGUGAAAUCGGGUCGACAUUUUUUGGUAGAACAACAAUAAGGUGAAAAGAUAUUCCAACAUACAUAGAGACAGAUACAUGUCUCUCUCAUUCCUUCAACAAAAGCAGCCUCUGAGUUGGUCUUCUCAACCAACGUUUUUCACACGGAUGCAAAAAAGAUAACCCUUUUGAUAUAGUACCAUCUAGUUCGUCACAAAAUUUUCACACUGUAUAUCUUUAAUCAAAUUUUUCUUUUUAUACGUCGAUCCUAUAUAAAAUUUUGUUGUUGUUUACUUAAGAACAC